AAGAGAAUAUAAUCACAUAUUAUAUGGUUUUCGUUGCCUGACGCGAACGGAGAACUAGGUCACAUUUAACAACAAAGUGUCAAAGACUAAAGAAAGACUUAGAAAAAAAAAGAGAAAGAAGAACGAAAAAUGGACUUUGCACUAAUCCUUAUCCUCUCUUCUCUCUUUCUUUUUAUCUCCACCAAAAUCUUGCUCACAAGAUCCAAACGAAAACUUAACCUGCCUCCGUCUCCGGCGAUCUCUUUGCCGUUAAUAGGCCACCUCCACCUUCUCAAGCCACCGCUCCACCGCUCAUUCCGUUCGCUCUCUAAAUCCAUAGGAAAUGCUCCAAUCUUCCAGCUACGGCUUGGAAACCGCCUUGUUUAUGUCAUCUCCUCACGUUCCAUGGCUGAAGAGUGUUUCACUGGUAACGACGUCGUUCUUGCAAAUCGUCCCAAGUUCAUCGUGAGCAAAUAUGUCGGCUACAACGCCACCCAUUUAAUCGCGGCAUCUUACGGCGACCACUGGAGGAAUCUCCGACGCAUAGCGGCCGUAGAGCUUUUCUCGACUCAGAGACUUAAUGCGUUUUUAUAUAUCCGUAAGGACGAGAUCCAACGCCUCAUCUCACGUCUUUCUCGAGACUCCUUACACGGUUUUGUGGAGGUGGAGAUGAAAUCACUAUUAGCCAAUUUGGCAUCCAACAACAUCAUCAGAAUGGCGGCCGGGAAGCGAUACUACGGUGAAGAAAACGAUGAAGCUAAGUUCGUGAGGCAACUUGUGUCCGAGGUGGUGACCAGCGCCGGUGCUGGUAACCCAGCUGAUUAUCUUUCGAUUGUUCGUUGGUUCACCAAUUAUGAAAAGCGAAUAAAGAACUUGGGGAAUCGGUUUGAUGCGUUUUUACAAAGAAUUGUCGACGAGAAACGUGCAGAUAAAGAAAAAGGUGAAACUAUGAUCGACCGCUUGCUUUCUCUCCAAGAAACACAACCGGAUUACUAUACGGAUGACAUCAUCAAAGGACUCAUACUCACUCUGACAAUUGGAGGGACAGAUACCUCAGCGGUGACACUCGAAUGGGCCUUGUCAAAUUUAUUGAACCAUCCAGAAGUACUAAAAAAAGCGAGAGCUGAAAUAGAUGACAAGAUCGGUUUUGGCCGGUUAGUAGACGAACCGGACAUAGCCAAUCUCCCUUAUCUCCAAAACAUUGUGUCGGAAACACUACGUUUGUAUCCUGCGGUUCCGCUACUACUACCUCACGUGUCCUCUGAUGAUUGUAAAGUGGCGGGAUACGAUGUCCCACGUGGUACGAUGGUGUUGACUAACGUGUGGGCUAUGCAUAGAGAUCCAAUGUUAUGGGAAGAUCCGGAGCUAUUCAAGCCGGAGAGAUUUGAAAAAGAAGGAGAGGCUGAGAAGCUAUUGCCAUUUGGGAUGGGACGAAGAGCUUGUCCUGGAGCUGGACUUGCUCAACGGUUAGUGAGCUUGGUUCUUGCAACUUUGGUUCAAUGCUUCGAGUGGGAAAGGGUUGGUGAGGAACUUGUGGACAUGACCGAAGACAAAGGAGUAACGUUGCCUAAGCUAGUGCCGUUGCGAACCAUGUGCAAAUCACGUCCCAUUGUUGGUAAACUGAUAUAAUGUUUGUCUUCAAAAGAUUUGCCGUUAUUUUCUAUUUUUAUAUAUCAAAAAAUAUUUGUUUAAGUGACCAUUUUAAUUUAUAUGUUAACAUUUUGCUGAACUUUUAAAAUCUUAUUAAUAUCGACGUAUCAAUAUAACGUAGUCAAUCUCAAGCUAUCACAGAUAUAAUUAUAAAUGUUACAAAAAUUACCGAAUCCCAGUCACACAUUAGUUUGAGACUAUAUUAUAUAGCUGUGCUAGUCAAUGGGAAGAUAGGCUUGUACUGGAGCUGGGCUUUCUCAUCAGUUAGCGGGUUUGGCUCUUGUGUCGUUGGUACAAUUUUCGAAUGGGUAUUGGUGUCGAACAAAUAGAUAUGAAGGGAGGAAGGGAAAGGAGUCACGAUGCCUAAAGAGGUUCCAUUGCGAGCCAUGUGCAAAGCCCGUGUAAUUCCCGGAAAACUUCUUCUUGUGAAUUAGAGUUCUCAAAUGUUUCUAUGGUAUGUAAUGUAUUUAUGUUGUUAAUAUUGCAAUGUGGUAAUAGUUUAAUAUAAUAUGAUAUGAAAUCUGAUGCUGAGAAACUUAGUUAGGUUCUUAGUUUCUUGUUUUUUGUAUAUACUUAAAUGUGAUUGCGUCGUUACUUUAGAAUUUACUAGAAUACAAUUUUUCCGUGAAGUAAGUUGCGAAACCAAAUUUUUUAGUCAAAUCUCAUUUACAACUUUCCCUAGUGAUUUUUCAUAAC